AUGAGCGACAGCACCUUUGCUCACCAGGAGUCGCUGCCCAAGCUGCCCAUUCCCGACCUCAAAGACACAUGUGACAAUUAUCUGGAGGCACUGCGACCGCUGCAAACGGCCCACGAGCAUGAACGAACAGAAAGAGCUGUCCACGAGUUUCUCAACACCAGCGGACCCAUUCUCCAGGAGGAGCUCAAGCAGUACGGAAAGCCCCGAUCGUCAUACAUUGAGCAGUUUUGGUACGAUUCGUAUCUCAACUAUGACUCCCCCCUCGUUCUCAACCUCAACCCCUUCUUCCUCAUUGAAGAUGACCCCACCCCGGUUCAACAGAGCCAGGUCGAUCGAGCAGCUACAUUAACCACAUCUUCUCUGCGGUUCAUCCGAGCCCUCCGACGAGAGGAGCUGCCCCCAGAUAACGUCCGAGGCACAAAGCUCUGCAUGUACCAGUACUCGCGACUGUUUGCCAGUGCCCGAAUCCCCUCUGCAAAUGGCUGUGUCAUGCAGUCUGACUCCACCUCCAAGCAUAUUGUUGUGCUCUGCCGAUCGCAGUUCUACUGGUUUGACGUGUUGGACGACAACAACGACCUCAUCAUGGUGGAAAAGGAUAUCGCGCUCAACUUUGAGACUAUCAUCCAGGACGCAGAGGGUACUCCUAUCACUGAGAUUGCAAAGGGAGCCGUCGGAGUGCUCACCACAGAAAACCGACGUGUCUGGGCUUCUAUCAGAGACCAGAUGAACCGUGCCACCGACUCUUCCAACUACGAGUGUCUCAAACUCAUUGACUCUGCUCUGUUUGUCGUCUGUUUGGAUCACGCAGCCCCCGAGUCUCUUUCAGAUCUCACCCGAAACGCCCUUUGUGGUCUUUCAGAGCUCCAGAAGGGUGUCCAGGUCGGAACAUGCACGAACAGAUGGUACGAUAAGCUGCAAAUUAUCGUCACUCAGAAUGCAAAGGCCGGGGUGACUUUCGAGCAUACUGGUGUCGAUGGUCACACCGUGCUGCGGUUUGUGUCCGACAUUUACACCGACUCCAUUCUGCGGUUUGCUAACACCAUUUCUGGAGCUGCUCCUUCUCUUUGGAAGACAGUUUCUCCUGACCCAGCGAAGCGAGAUCCAGCUUCGUUCGGUAACGUGUCUACCACUCCUCGAAAGCUCGAGUGGUCCAUUGGCCCCGAGCUCCAAACUGCUCUACGUUUUGCCGAGACCCGGAACUCCGAUCUCAUCCACCAGAACGAGUUUGAGUGUCUUUCUUUCAACCACUACGGAAAGAAAGCCAUCUGUGAGAUGGGCUGUUCUCCUGACGCCUUUGUUCAGAUGGUCUUCCAGGCUGCCUACUACGUUCUUUACGGACGUGUGGAAUGCACUUACGAGCCCGCUAUGACCAAAACCUUUUUGCAUGGCCGAACCGAGUCCAUUCGGUCAGUAACAAAGGAGUCGUCUGAGUUCUGCCGAAAGUUCUGCGAGGACCUUCCUGCUGAAACCAAGCUGGAGUACCUACGAAAGGCUUGCCAGCAGCACACCAAGAAUACUAAGAAGUCCUCUCAAGGUCUUGGACAGGAUCGUCAUCUUUACGCUCUUCUGUGCAUCUGGAGACGAUAUCUUGAGGAGUCUGAUGACAACGACUCAACCACCUCUCAGACCUCCAUUGGUUCUCAGACUGCAGUUGAUAUUGGAGACGAGAUGACUCCCAUCACUGGUCUAGGAGACGUGCAUCUUCCCAAGGCUGGUGGAUCCAUUCCCAGCAUCUUCUCUGAUCCCGGAUGGGACAAGCUGAACAACACCAUUCUGUCGACUUCCAACUGUGGUAACCCUGCUCUCAAGCUGUUCGGAUUCGGUCCCACUUCUCCCGAUGGAUACGGUCUUGGUUACAUCAUCAAGGAUGACUCCAUCACCAUCUGUGCAUCUUCUAAGCAUCGACAGACUGCUCGUUUCCUCGAGACUCUGUCCACUGUCAUGAUGGAGAUCCGUCUCCUGUUUCGAGAGGUCGCCAAGGCCAAGGCCCAGCGACCUGCUGGUGCUUCUCGAGCUCGGUCUUGUGAACGAGUUCCUCAGGUACAUACCACCAAGCAAGUUCACUUUGGCCGAACUCUUCCCCGGUCCAGGAAGCCCUCCGAGACAGAGAUCUACGACGAGGAGAUGUCUUAUCUUCUUGGAGGUUACGGAUACUUUGACAUGGCGGACUUUGAGAACGCGGCUGAUACCGAGCGGCUGGGACGCAAGGAGAUUGGUAGAAAGCUCAGACUGGCUGAGUAUUAA